AUGCCUCAACCAAACCCGCAAGUGUCAACGGCACAAGUCCUACAGGAAAUUCUUGUCGAUCUCGACAGUUUGGAACAUUGUGUUCACGAGAGAAUCUCGGAGGCCCGCAGGCAUUUUCUAGAGUGUCUUGCCAAUUGCCAGCCAAACGUCACAAUGGGAAGCAAUGAGCACUACAUUAUUGCACCUUUCGAGACUUUGCUCGACCCUUCACUCGACCCGGCAUUCAGUGGAUCACUGCAAGAGGGUACAGGUUCUGCCCCCCAAGGCCUAUUAUUACCUCCUCAGCGCCAGGACCUAAUUGUUGGCAAUGCCCCCAUGAUCACUGACGACGAACCCAUUGCCCGACCUGUUCAAGACGCCGACGAUGGACUCUUUGCUCAACCUGUCCAAAGCCACUUUAAUAUAGAGGUAGGGUCGGACCUAAUCGCCAGCAACGCCCCCAUGAUUGCCGACGAUGAACCUGUUGCUCAACCUGUCCAAGACCUCAAUUUCGACGAUGCCCUCAUGAUCGCGGACGAUGGACCUGUUUCUCAACAUGUCCAAGAUUUCUCCGGCAUGGGCUUUCAGCAGGCCCAAUCAAACUCCCCAGCCAAGCCAAGAGUAAAGUGCUCCGAGUGCUGUGCAAUCUUCAACAAGGAUAACUGGAGACGCCACCUCAAUGAGGUACAUGGGGCGAAGCCCAAGACCAGUUGCGACCGUUGUGGAAAGAGUUUCAAGCGCAAGUCUAGCCAUAAAUGCAAAAGUUCCUAG